AUGUCGGAGCUCCUAUGCCAGUGGCUCAACCAGGAAUUGAAGGUGUCCCGGACCGUGAGUGAGUGUCCACGGCCUGGGGCGAGCGGGCGAGGGGCGAGCGGGGCGCGCAGCCCGGAGCGCGGCGCACUGAUGGAAGGCAGCGGGCAAGCGCGAGCUGCGCAGGUGGACGCCUGCGGGGUCGGCAGCGCCCCAUGGCUAGCGGCUCUGCUCCCCACCGCCCCGGCCAAUCGAAACUAUGAUGGAAAACCUGUAAGCAGAUGCAAACUCUAUGGAAAGAAAUUUGGCAAUUUUUGGAGACUUAAAAACCUGAUACCACGUCAAACUGAUUUCAAUCUGAUGCGGGUUACAUACAGGUUUCAAGAAAAACAUAAAUACAUGAAAGAAGAUCUUGCCCGUGUGCAUUCUGACAAACUUGAAAGAUUUCAAAAACUCCAGGAAGAACAAAGAUGUUUUAAAAUUGAAAAGCAACGUGUAAGCAGAAGACGACAAAAUGAAAUAAUGGCCCAAAUCCAAGCAGCUAUCAUACAGAUUCCUAAACCUACAUCAAAUUGUACUUUGAAAGCACUUGAGGCACAAAAAAUGAUGAAAAAGAAAAAAGAGGCAGAGGAUGUGGCUAACGAAAUUAAGAAGUUUGAAGCAUUAAUAAAAAAGGAUCUCCAGGCAAAAGAAAGUGCAUCCAAGACUUCUUUAGAUACAGCAGGCCAGACAACUACCGAUUUGUUAAACACUUACUCGGAUGAUGACUACAUUAAAAAAAUCCAGAAGCGCCUAGAAGAAGAUGCUUUUGCACGAGAGCAAAGGGAGAAAAGACGGCGGAGAUUGUUAAUGGACCAGUUAAUAGCCCACGAAGCACAAGAGGAGGCCUAUCGGGAGGAGCAGCUGAUUCACCGGCUGAUGCGGCAGUCCCAGCAGGAGCGCAGGAUCGCGGUGCAGCUCAUGCACGUUCGGCAUGAAAAGGAAGUUUUGUGGCAAAACAGAAUUUUCAGAGAAAAACAAUAUGAGGAAAGACGACUUAAAGAAUUCCAGGAUGCUCUUGAUCGAGAAGCGGCUUUGGCAAAACAAGCUAAGAUUGAUUUUGAAGAACAAAUUCUCAGAGAGAAGAAAGUUCAUGAACAGAUUGCUAUGGAAAGAGCUCAAGCUCUUUAUAAAAAGCAUUAUUCAAUAUGUGGAGAGAUUUUGGAUCAAAUACUUGAUUUGUCCACUAAAGUGGCAGACUAUCGAAUGUUGACAAAUAAUAUGAUACCAUAUAAGUUUAUGCAUGAUUGGAAGGAACUGUUUUUUAAUGGGAAGCCCAUAUAUGAACAAGCCUCUGUUAAGCCGCUACCUGCUAACCCCUCAGCAGAACAACUUGUAGAACUGGAGAAAAGGGACUUGCUAGAUAGCAAUGAUUUUGAAGAAUAUAAGAACAUGGUUGGAGAGUGGGCCUUACCAGAAGAAAUGGUUGAUAAUUUACCACCCUCCAACAAUUGUAUAUUGGGCCAUGUACUUCACAGACUAUUUGAAAAAUCUCUUCCUCCUCAUCUUGAAUCAACAGUACCUGAAUUUCCUUCCUCUGCUGUUAAAGGAUGCUUAUUGGGGAAAACAUUUAGUGGAAAAACUACCGUUCUAAAGUCUCUACAAAAAGACUUUCCUAUUCAAAUGCUUUCUAUCGACACUCUUGUCCAAGAAGCUAUUCAAGCAUUUCAUGACAAUGAAAGAGUCAGUGAGGCCCUUCCAAUUCAGAAAGAGGAUGAAGAAGGGGCUCUACCAGUUCUGCAAGAGGAUAGUAAAGAAAACCAGGAUCCACAAAAAGUAUUUUCAGCUGGUCUAGUCUCAGAUGAAGUGCUACCAGAAACAGAAGGUAAAACUAUACUUAGUACUGAUACUAACAAAACACCAAAAGCUGAAGAAGUCAAAUCAAGUGAUAAUGUCUUCAAACUCACUGUCCGUGCUCAGCUUGGUGCAAAAUCAGAACAGCUGCUGAAGAAAGGAAAGAGCAUUCCUGACACGUUGCUAGUUGACAUCAUGGUAAAUGCUAUUAACGAGAUACCUGUGAGUCAAGGCUGGGUCCUGGAUGGUUUCCCAAUGACAUUAAACCAAGCGCAACUCCUGGAGGAAGCUCUUACCGGCCGCAGCAGAAACCUCAUAGAAAUGGAGAGAAAGAAAGCACAGAUAUCCACAUUGGUUGUUGAUCCUACGACUUCCAAAGAAGCACCUCUUCCCCCUCCUGCAUUUGAUUUUGUUGUGUUAUUAGAUAUUUCAGAUAUUUCCUUACUGAGUCGCAUGAAUGAUGUCAUAGCUGAAGAAUUUUCACAUAAAAUUGCUCAUGAAGAUAUCAGUCAACAUGUAGCUGCUGAAAACCAAGAUAUGCAUGGGGACCAGAAUUUAAGAGACCAGAUACAACAUAGAAUUGUAGGCUUCUUGGACAACUGGCCUUUAUUGGAGCGAUGGUUUUCAGAGCCAGAAAAUAUUUUGAUAAAAAUCAAUGCUGAAACAGACAAAGAGUCUUUACGCCAAACAGUAAAAGAAAUUUUUGUGACUGAAAUAGUGAAAAAAAAGAAUAAAGAAACCCCACAUGGUAAGCAAGAAUCUCUUCAGGAAGGAAAAGGGAAGAAAGGUGAAACUUCACUGAAAAGAAAAGGUUCUCCUAAAGGAAAAUCUCCAGGAGGAAAAACACCAGUAAAGAAAUCACCUGUCAGCUCUGCAGAUAUAACACCUACUCCAGUAGUGCCACCACCACCUAAGCCAGGAUCAGAAGAAUGGGUCUAUGUGGAUGAACCAAUUCCUGAGGAACUACCUUCAUUUUUAGUACCUUACUGGGAACUAAUAGAAAAUUCCUAUAUAAAUACCGUCAAAACAGUACUUAGACAUCUGAGAGAAUACCAGAAGACUGUGUUUGCUUACUUACAUGAGAUUAGAACAAGUUUCCAGGAGUUUCUAAGGCGUCCAGAUUACAAGCAAGAUUUUGUAGCUCAGUGGCAGACUGAUUUCAACUCUCUUCCUGAUGACCUGUGGAACGAUGAGGAAACAAAGGCUGAGCUACACCAAAGAGUGAAUGAUCUGCGAGACCGCCUGUGGGAUAUUUGUGACACCCAGAAGGAAGAUGCAGAGCAGGAGCGGCUGGAUAUCAUCAAUGAGAGCUGGUUACAGGACUCUCUAGGAAUAAUAAUUAACCAUUUCUUUUCACUGAUGCAGGCAGAAUUGAACCGUUUCCAAGAUACAAAGAGACUCCUUCAAGAUUAUUACCGGGGAAUGGAAUGCAAAAUCCCAAUAGAUGACAGUAAGAGAUUUACUCGAAUCCCAUUGGUCCAGCUGGAUAGUAAAGACAUUUUGGAAAACCAAUUUAGAAUUCCUCUAGUUCCUCGAGUAUCCAUUUCUCCAGAAGCAGUUAUGUCUAAACCCAAAACAAAAACAAUACUGAAGGGCAAGAUUGAUUAUUCACUAGAAAACCUGGAGUUAAACUUUGAGGCAGAUGAGAAGUUGGUGACGGACACCUGGCAGCAGGCUUCUUUAGCAAUUUCUCACAUGGUGGCUGCUGAAAUUCAUCAGAGGCUUAUGGAAGAAGAAAAAGAAAACCACCCCAAAGAAAAAUCUCCUCAGAUGGGCGCAAAUAAAAAAGCCAAAAAGGAACCACCUAAGCAAAAAAAGGCAGACAAAAAACCCAAAGGUAAAUCACCACCUACGGCAGAAGCUGAUCCUGCGAUAGUACCAGCAGAGGAAAUCGCCGAAGUUGAAAAGAAAAAAGAACUGAGGCUCAAAAUAAAAGAAGAACAUCUUUCUGCCCUGCAAUUUGAAGAGAAAGCCACACAGUUUCGGCUUGAACUGAUAAAGGCAAAAGCAUUGGCUGUCCUUGAAGAUUUAGUAACAAAGGUGGUCAAUGUAUACAAACUCUUGGAAAAAUGGCUUGGUGAAAGAUAUUUGAAUGAAAUGUCCAGCAUAGAAAAAUUAACUGAGGUAGCUCGCUAUCACAUUGAAACAUCUACAAAAAUUCAGCAUCAACUUUAUUUAAGCCAAGAAGACUUCUUCAUUAAUGGCGAUAUAAAAGUCUUCCCGGAUCCUCCCCCACCAAUACGUCCUCCACCCGUAGAAAAGGAAGAAAAUGGCACCCUGACCAUUGAACAGCUUGACAAUCUUCGAGAUCAGUUCUUAGAUAUGGCACCUAAAGGCAUGAUAGGAAAUAAAGCAUUUACUGACAUUCUGCUGGAUUUGGUGACCCUGAACCUUGGAACCAACAACUUUCCUAGUAGCUGGAUGCACCUUACCCUACCUGAAUUGCAGGAGUUAACAUCUUUAUUAACAGUAAACUCGGAGUUCGUGGACUGGCGGAAAUUCCUGUUAGUAACUGCGAUGCCUUGGCCCAUCCCCCUGGAGGAGGAGCUCCUUGAGACACUGCACAAGUUCAAGGCUGUGGAUGAGGAGCAGAAGGGCACCAUCACUUUUGAGCAGUAUAUGCAGGCUGGCCUGUGGUUUACAGGAGAUGAAGAUAUAAAAAUUCCAGAAAAUCCUCUUGAACCCUUGCCAUUUAAUAGACAGGAGCAUCUCAUAGAGUUUUUCUUUAGGAUUUUUGCUGACUAUGAGAAGGAUCCACCCCAGCUUGACUACACAGAGAUGCUGCUUUAUUUUGCUUGUCACCCAGACAGUGUGGAAGGGGUCUACAGGGCCCUCAGUGUGGCCAUUGGGAGUCACGUCUUCCAAGAAGUUGAAACUCCUGUUCUGAUUGCAGAAAAGACCUCCUCCUCUACUGGUAUUAGUCCUAUUGAAGAAUUUCCUGAACUUGAGGAAAAUGUUGAAAGAGAGGAAAGGGAAUUAAAAGAGGAAAGGGAACAAAAGGAAGAAGAAAUCCCUGAAAAUGCCAACAGUGAAAAGAUUUCCCUGGAAACGCUACUCAAAGUGUUCAGAGGAGGAAGUGAAGCACAGGAUGCUAACAGAUUUGGCAGCCACCUAAAACUAGAGAACAUUUACGCAGAGGGCUUCAUAAAAACAUUUCAGGACCUGGGUGCUAAGAACCUGGAGCCAAUUGAAGUUGCUAUUCUCUUGAAGCAUCCUUUUAUUCAAGACCUGAUUUCAAAUUAUUCAGACUAUAAAAUUCCUGUGAGUAUUAAAAUGAUUCUCCAAAGAAGUGAACAUGUACAAGGAAGUGACGGAGAGAGAUCAUCUUCAAGACUUACAGAGGAAAAGAAAUGA